AUGGUGAGUGCACGUUCGAGUCUUCCGCCCGAUAUCGCUCACGCGCGCCUCUUCCCGCCCCUUGGCCUCCUUCUCCGCGAGAUCCGAUGCGACGAGACGGUGAUUGACUUGCUGACACGCGUCCCCGUGACCUUCCAUCAGGCUGACAACAGGCACACCAUCAUUCUGGUGCAGACGACGUCCAACAAGAAGUCCCGCACGUUCAUGGACUUCGAGAAGGUCAGCAUGGCCAUGGACGGCGUGUGCACGAUGUUCGAGAAGCGCCUGAAAGAGAUGUACCCCCACAUGAAGGACAUCACGUACGACAUCGCGGAUCUGUACAACUACGUCGACGCGCUCGCGGACCUGAGUGCCAUGGUGUACGAACCCAAGAUAAACGCGUACUUGCCGUACAACAAGGAGUGGGUGAAGAAGAAGGCCUUCGCGCACCUGAAGAGGCAGGCGGGACAGUGA